CAAUUUCUUCUCUCCUUUGAGAAGCCAGAAGGAGAAAAUAGUGUGAACGAGAUAAGAGGAAUCAAAUUUUGGGGGUAGUGGGCGAAGAUAGUUUGAUAAAUUGACGUUUGUCAAAGGGCAUGAAUAGAGCAAUAAAGCAAUAGAUAAGGACAUGAAAUUUAUGAGUAGCGGAAUUAGUCAAGACAUGACCAUAAAAAGCAUUCUAUCUUAACAAUUUUAAACGAUCGUGAUGAAAACGGAUAAUUGUCAUGAAAAAUUAAUGAUAGUUUAAAAAACGCGUGACGGACGCAACAGUAAAAUUAAUUGUAAUGAUAAAAUUUUUUGGAUUCUUCUUCGCUCUGUUGACUGAAAUAUCGCAGUAUAGUUGUCACUGUGGUUCUAGUUUUAUUUACUUUAACUCGUUUCUUGCUUCUGUAUCUAUAGAGCCAUGCAGUCAUACUUCAAGUGGUCUGAUUGGAUAAUUGGAUUUUUAUGUCUUUUAAGGUUUUGUGAUAGCUUAAAUAAUGGCUUAGCACUAACACCACCAAUGGGAUGGAUGAGCUGGCAGCGGUAUCGUUGUAACGUGGAUUGUUAUAAUUAUCCUAACGAUUGCUUAAGUGAAAUGUUAAUAAAACGCAUAGCAGAUCUUAUGGUUUCGGAAGGGUAUAAAGAUGCUGGUUACGAAUAUCUGAUAAUAGAUGAUUGCUGGCUUAAUAAGACUAGAGGAAGAAAUGGUGAAUUGUUGGAGGAUGCUGAAAGAUUCCCGAGUGGCAUGAAAAAUUUAAGCAAUUAUAUUCAUGGAAAAGGUUUGAAAUUUGGAAUUUAUCAAGAUUUUGGUAAUUUUACGUGUGCAGGAUAUCCAGGUUUAUUUGGACAUUUGGAACAGGAUGCUCAAACAUUCGCCGACUGGGACGUAGACUAUAUAAAAGUAGAUACCUGUUACUCAUACGAUAAUUUGGAAGAAUUAGAAGACGGUUAUUCUAAUUUUGGCCAAAUGCUGAACAAAACUGGACGUCAAAUGGUAUAUUCCUGUAGCUGGCCAGCUUAUUUUGAAUUGAGUAGCAAUAAAAAGCCAAAUUACGACAUUCUUAAACAAGUGUGUAAUCUAUGGCGAAAUUAUGGAGAUAUAGAAGAUGACUGGUCAGAUGUUCUCGAUAUCCUUGAUUGGUUUGCAGCAAAUCAGGAACGAUUUGCGUCCUAUGCUGGACCCGGUCAGUGGAAUGAUCCAGAUAUGUUAUUGCUUGGUAAUUAUGGUCUGAGCUAUGAACAGAGUAAAUCACAAAUGGUUUUAUGGGCUAUUUUAGCAGCUCCCUUGCUAAUGUCAGCUGAUUUAGCAGAAAUAAGACCUGAAAUAAAGGAUAUUCUGCAAAAUAAAGAUAUUAUCGAGAUUAAUCAAGAUGCUCUUGGAAUUCAGGGAACACUUAUAUUAACAAAAGUUAAUAUAAAUGUUUGGAUGAAGCCAAUACAGCCAGUAGUUGAUGAUUCACAAUCUUACGCAGUGGCAUUUUUAGGUCGAAUGAAGGGCGGAUACCCAUACAGACUUGUUAUUAGUUUGAAUGAAUUACAGAUUAAUAGUAGCGAAUCAUACAUGGUUACCAAUAUACUAGAUCCAUAUAAGGAAGGAAAUGUCGUAUUAAGCAAAGACGAAUUUGUAUCGGUUACAGUAAAACCAUCAGGAGUCGUGCUUUUAAAAUUUGUUCCUGUAGAAGAAAAUAAAAAUUUACUUUAUUCUAAACGUAUAGAUGAGGACUUUUUAAUUCCUGACUUUCAAUAAUCGUACCUAUUUGUCCUAUGUUACGGUUGUUGUUAUGCCUAAUUACAAAUAAAAUAUUUUUUUUUUGAUGUGUUAACUAACUGUACCAUACUAGAUGUUUACCAAUAUAAAUACCUUUUUAUAAACAAUAAUUAAGUAAACGUUUAUUAC